AUGCAACACCGAUUCACCCACAAAACAAAUUUUAAUAACAAUGACACUUUAACAUGGUCGGGCUUUUAUAAAAAGCCUUUGCAAGAACCACCAUUAUCAACAUCAUCUACCUCUUCUUCAGUAUACGCAACACCUAAUACUUCUCCUUGUACUUCACCCAUUAGUUUAAAUUUUACAAAUAAUAAUAAAGAAGUCAAUUAUUUGGUCAACAAAUUGGAAUCUUUAAAUGUUAACGAUAAUAAUUUUCCUAUCAACGGACUUGAUGAAAAUAUUGCUGAUAAUAUGAUUGAAAAUUGUAUAGGAACAAUAGGUUUGCCAGUUGGUUUAGCUCUUAAUUUUGUAAUCAAUGAUAAACCAAUAGUUAUACCUAUGUCAAUCGAAGAACCAUCAGUCAUUGCUGCUGUUUCUGGAGCUGCUAAAACAAUAUCCUCUUAUAAAGGUUUUACAGCAAUAGCUCCUGAAAGAAAUAUGAUAAUAGCUCAGGUUGCUCUUUUAGAUAUUCCUGAAGAUUCCAUGAACCUGUCAAUUAAAAAGCUAUUGGAUAAUAAAAUAGAAAUAAUUAAAUUUGCUAAUAAAUUUUGUGAAAAUAUGGUUGAAAGAGGUGGCGGAGUAUUAGAUAUCGAUGUUAGGAGAGUCCCACGUAAAAACAAAAGACCCAUUAUAAAUAUCAAUAAUAAUAACAACAAUCAUCUACCAAACUCCAACGAAUGGUUAAUUAUACAUUUGAAAAUAGAUGUAUGUAAUGCCAUGGGAGCUAAUUGUGCAAGUAGCGUGGCUGAAGGUGUAGCACCAUUAUUGAGCGAGAUAACAGGUGGUAGAAUUGGUUUACGAAUAGUAAGCAAUUUAAAUGUGGAAAGAAUUGUUAAAGCAUCGUUUUCUAUACCAGUAUCAAUGCUUGCUUAUAAAGAUCUAUCAGGUGAAAAGGUGGCUAAUCAAAUGAUAGAGGCUUAUGAAUUUGCAGAAAUAGAUGAAUACCGUGCUACAACCCAUAAUAAAGGUAUUAUGAAUGGAAUUGAUGCUGUUGCCAUUGCUACUGGUCAAGAUUGGAGGGCCAUUGAAGCUGCUGCUCACGCAUGGGCCUGUGAUAAUUCGAGAAACAACAACAACAAUAAAGAUGCUGAUGAUAAUGGCAAUGAUUAUAAUUAUUAUCGACCUUUAACAUCUUAUUGGAUCGAAAAAAAUGAAAAUGGCAAUGGUGAUUACCAAAAACAACAACAAUUAAUGUUUUGUGGUGAAUUGGAAAUGCCAAUAACUGUUGGCACUGCUGGUGGUGUCUUGAAAACUAACCCUGUCUAUUCAUAUAACCUUGGAAUUAUGGGAUAUCCUAAUACUAAAGAAUUAUCAAUGAUUAUGGCGUGUGUAGGACUUGCACAAAACUUUGCAGCUCUCAGAGCACUAUCAACUGAAGGAAUACAACGAGGUCAUAUGAGUUUACACGCAAAAAAUCUAGCUAUAGCAGCCGGUUGUCCAACUGAUACUGUCUCCAGUAUAUCACAACGUAUGAUUGAACAAGGACGUAUAUCGUUGUCAGCAGCUAGAGAACUUUUGGAAUUAUGUACAAUAGAAAAAGGAAGUCCUAUUAAUACUCAUAUACAGUGUGUUCAUAUGUGA